AUGGCACUAGAUAUGCAUGCAACACUCACAGUUUCAUGUGAAAGUUCACAAGAACAAACUGGUCCCACACUUGUUCAUAGUACUGGUGUUAAAAGUUAUCGUGUUCCACCUGAAGUCAUUCGAAUUUUACAAGAAUCAUGUACAAAUGAAAAAUUAAGUGAUCAUGAGAAAGGCGUUCAAUGCACCGAUCCACCUGCACACAUUCUAGAAGUUUUUCGUAAAGAAGGAUUCACCGUAACAAGUCAAACGUCUUCUGGAGGAAGAAAACUUUGGACAAUAACAAAAACAGAAGGAUCAGGAGGUAGCGGUGGUGGAAACCAACCACAUCAACCAGUAAAUCCAACGCCUGGUGGUGAUCAAGGCAACGAGGAAGAAGCAGCUGGUGGAGAGGAAGAGGAAGAGGAAGAAGAAGAAGAAGAAGAAAAAAAAUGA